AUGAAUCCAGCUGCUGAUGGAGGCCAUUCGGUGCACAUUUCUUCAAAUUCCAUCGGCGAGGGCUCGAGCACAGAUGCAAGAGCAGACGAUUCGGCUGGCAUUGACGCGCAGCGAAACGGCGGUGGAUCGUUGGGCAAAGGCAAUGUGAAUAGCCUGAAUGCUGCAGAGGCGGGUGGCGGGCUGAGUGGCAGGUACGCGAGGUACGCAAGGGAAUUGAGGAGAAUCACUUUGCACUUUACGCCAAGCUGGUUCAGUGUCAAUAUGGGCACUGGCAUCACUUCAAUUUUGCUGUACCAGCUGCCCUACCAGUUCAAAGGCUUGCACGUAAUCGCUGAAAUCAUCUUCGCGCUCAAUGUCGCCCUCUUUCUGGUGUUCACCUCCAUAAGCGCUGCUCGCUACACGAUUUGGCCAACGAUGGGCCCAACGAUGCUGUUCCACGAGUCGCAGUCUCUCUUCUUGGGCACCUUUGCCAUGGGACUCGCCACCAUCGUCAACAUGUGCGCCUUGGCCAUCGGCACCUCUUGGGGACACAACUUUGCCCUCUUUACCUGGGCCAUGUGGUGGCUGGACAGCAUCAUUUCCAUCCUCAUCUGCCUCGGUCUGCCCUUUUUGCAAUUCACUAGGCACGUGCAAUCCCUAGACAAGGUGACCGGCGUCUGGCUUCUGCCAGUCGUUGCUCCGAUCGUGUCUGCAGCGAGCGGAGGCAUACUGGCGGACAACAUCCUCGAGCCAUCUCAAGCUAGGCUUACCAUCAUCGUGUCCUAUAUACUGUGGGGCGCUGGCUUUGGCUUGGCCUUCAUCAUCAUGACUCUCUACUACGCCAGACUGGCCAUCUACAAGGUUCCACCAGCCACGCUGAUCGUCAGUGCCUUUCUUCCCCUCGGUCCUUGCGGUCAAGGAGCAUUCGGUCUCCUCAAGCUCUCCGAGUCCAUCUUGCAUCUCAGCGACAGAUCCAAUCAAGCAUUGGCAGGAGCUUCCUUGUUCAGCGCUCAGGACGCGCACAUCAUGUCGAUCUCUAUCUACGCUGUCAGCACACCAAUCGCGCUGGUCUUGUGGGGCUUGGGAUUGGCUUGGCUUUCCUUAGCCAUUUCAUCUCUGAUCGACUUGUGGUUGGUGUCAGAGCUGCAGUUCAACCUCGGCUGGUGGGGCUUCACUUUCCCGCUCGGCGUGUUCUGCACUGCCACCACACAGCUGGGAAGAAUGCUCGACUCUGGAGCUUUCAGAAUACUUGGAACCGUACUGUCACUGGUCGAGGUGCUGCUGUGGCUCUUCAUUGCAAGCAUGACGCUGGUACGAGUAUGGCAUGGAACAAUCUUCUUUGCUCCCUGCUUAGCUGCUAUCGGAGGCGAACCUCCUGCUCACGUUCCCCCCGCACGCAAGUACGUCUUUGAGCCUCGCCAACGAAGUCGCUCCAGAUCUGCCUCGAGGAAUCGAUCGAGCGCUUAG